CUAUCAGCUGUUAGUGUGGCACUCCAGUGUUUUCUUAAAUGGGACGAAUUAAGGUGUAAAAACAUUUCCUAAUAAUCUAGGUCGCUGGCUGAAAGGAAAAACCAGAUCUGCAAGAACUGAGGCACAGAUGUUUGCCCAGCGACUAAAUGCAAGGAAACGUAGUUAGCAAGUAACAUGGACACCACAUCACCGAGGGAAACCCAAAAGAACGCGAAUCCGAUUGAGGCGCUGAGUAAAGAUGAAAUCAUCAGCAAGUAUAAAGGCCUACUCAGCAUUGCCAAGAAGGCUAAACAGGCGAAGGAUGAACUCACCGAGGAAAACCACCGGCUCAAGGAGGCCCUGAAGCGGGCGGCCGAGAAGCAGAGCAGUCUGCCAGCAAUGCAGGAAAUGGUCCAGGACUUUACCGACAAGAACCUUAUACUCACCGAGCAAGUUACCGCCCUGCAGCGAAAGACCAAGGAGGAUGCUGAACGACUCGCACAAUUCGAGAUCGAGAACGAGAGUCUUAAGCGCCAGUUAGGGCGGUUAAGUGAUGAGAACGACGUCCUUCUGGCCGAUGUGGAUCGCAUGGAAAAGGCAAUGCAACAGGUCAAUGCCCUAGGCAACGAGCAGCGCAAGAAUCUGGAGCUCUUGGAAGUGGAUAUUGCCAAAAUUAAGGAAGCGGAGGCAGAAAACGCCAGCCUUCGCCAGCAACUGGUAACAGUAGUCGAGGAAUCGGCGUUGCUGCAGCAAAAGUACCAGAGCAUUAAGGAACUAAACUCUGAACAGCGCAAGAAAUUUAAUUCCUUAAAGGAUCGCUUUAUUGACGUAUACCGCAAGUUGAAGAAGCUUAAAGAAUGCAAGUCCGUCCUGCUGGAGACACAACACGAAUAUGCUGCCUCUAUUUCCAAGUGGCAAGUGGAAAUAAUCAAGGCAUCACAGCUUUUAUGUGGAAAGAUGACGUCUCUACAGGCCGAGAACGAAAAACUAAAGCGGAACACGAAAUCGCAGGAAAUACUCGACCGUAAUGAUGACGGAAUCGACCGCAAUCGGUUGCUUGGCAGAAUUCUAGAACUGGACCGACUUGCCAAAAUGGUAAAACACACGCAGGAACACCAGAGAACUCACUUGAAUGUGGAGCGUCUUUUAAAGAAGUUAACCGCCAUUGAACAACUGGCAAGCAUUGUCAAGGAGCAGCAAAGAGUGGAUAAGGACCAACUGGCAGUUGUAACGAGGGAGCAGCAGAAAAUCAAUAACCAUUCCAGAAAUCUUAAUGUUAGCCUUUUCCAGGCCAAACUUAAAGAGAUGCAAAACCUCGUCCAUAUCAUCGAAAAGGACCGCGAUAAUCAGCAGAGGAAAUUGCAGGAUUUAGAAGCCAUAUGCAUAGAACUACGCCAACACAACGAGGAUUUAUUAUCGCGCUUCCACCUCAAGGAGCAGGAGCAUGGUGAAUUGCUGACCGAGAUGAGGGAACUGAAUGAAGCGCUGAAGGGACGCGGUGACGCCAUCUCACGCCUUCAAGAGCAGCACGAAGCAGAAGUUAAAAGACAGCGAGACUUGGAGGCCCAACUCUCCAACAGUCAGCAGGCAGUGCAGGAGAAGUUACAGAAGAUGAAACAACUCCAGAGUCGUGUCGAGGAAUUGGAACAGGUCAAUGCUGAUGCCCAGAGUGAUGUCUUGUCAACAUCCACAAUAUCACGAGCCGAGGAAUUGAGUCGCCUGCGUGAGCUGGACGAAGGCUACGAGGAGAAGUACCACAAGCUAAGAGCGCUAGCUGCAAAGCUUAAAAAGAAGUUGCAGGAGCAGACACAGCAAUUGAAGGAAAUGGAACAGUGCGGGGCCUUAAAAGAGGAACUGGAAGCGGUAAAGUUGGCUCAGGUCCAAUUGCAACAGGACCUUAAUGCUGCUCGAGCUGAAAACCAGAAGCUCAAGUCGAAGGAAAAAAUCAAGCACACUAGUGUUCUUAACCUCGAAAUAGAAGCAGCCGAAAAAUCCCUUUCCGAAGUUAGUGCUAAGCUGGCGACCAAGACCAGCGAGCUUGAAACAGUCAAGGAAUCGCUGGCCAGCAAGGAAAAUACUAUCGUUCAACUGCGUAAGGAAAUUGCUAUUCUAGAGGAAGCCAAGAACGGAGAGGCUGCUCAUUCCCAAGAAUUAAAAGAACAGAUCGAUCGCAUGCAAGUCCAGGUCAAGGACGCUGUUCACAGCAAGCAGCAAGCGCUCACCCAAAAUAAGGACUUGGAACAGGGAGUUGAGAAGGCCAAGAUGGAGGCAGAGCAAUUGCGUCUACAGCUGGCGGAAAGCGCACAGCAGUAUGAAUCCAGGCUAAUUACAGCAACUCAACAGCUAAGCACCCGAACCCAGGAGCUUGAAAUGCACUUGGCGGACCAAAAGCAGUUGGAGACGGCACUCAGAAAUGCGGAACGCGCUCAGGAGGAUCUCCGAGUGGAGUACACAGAAUACAAGCUGAAAGCACAGUCGGUGCUGCGAAAAAACCAAAGUAAGGGCUCAAACCGAGAACAGGAGUUGGAAGAAGAGUUAGUUGGGCUUCGAGAGAGUGAACGCAAUUUGCGAGAGAGCAACGACGGAAGAGCUGCUCGCCUGGCCCAGAUGGACACACAGAUAGAGGUAUUGCGACAAGACAACGCUGAUCUGCAGAAACGCAGCAAGGAGUUGCUGUCAUUGGUGGACGAAUUGCGACAGCAAAAUGAUCUUCUAUCUCUGGAAAAUCAGCGCCAGAUGCAAUUCCAACACGACUUGAUGCAGCAGCAUCGGCAAACGGUUGAUCAAAUGGACGCCGGGCACCAGAUGCAAUUAAAACAGGUGCAGCAACAGCUGGAAGAAGUGCAGCAGAAGCAGAUUAACGUCUCCCAGCAUAGCAACGUGUCCGCCGUGAGCGGAGAGCCUAGUCCAGAGCAGGCCAAGAUCGAUUACUUGCUUAUGGACCACGAAUCUGGUUUGGAUAGCCAUGUUGGCGACGCCUCGCUGGCACAACUGGCUGCUCAGCGAAAAAUCUCCACUGCCUCGAGACGCUCGCAUGACUUCAUGCCACUAGACGAACUGCUCAACACUUCAAUGAACCAAAUAACCAGCGAUACUGUAACUACCAUCACCAAUUUCGGACGCAGCGUGUCCCAGCAGGAAGAUGAAGAAGCGGAAAUGGCCGCACGCGGUGACUUUUCCGUCCAGAGUGCCCAACUUCAAGCCACAAAAGAACGUCUGGGCAUCCAAGAAAGUCGUGUAAAGCAUUUGACUUCCUUGUUGGCCGAAAACGAGCAGGAUUUGGCUAAACUGACCCAAAUGAAUGACAUGCUAAAGGAGGAAUUGCGGCGACAAGAGCGUUCUGAGGAGCGGGAACAGCACAUGCAUAACUCCGAGUAUUUGAAGAACGUCUUCUUAAAGUUCCUUACACUAAACAAUGUGGACGAGCGUCAGCGUUUGGUUCCCGUUCUUAAUACCAUUCUCCGUUUAAGUCGCAACGAAAUGGAGAUGCUCAAUUGUGUGGCCAAGGGGCAAAAAGUAUCUCCAGAUGGCAGCAGUCGCAGCUGGACAGGAUUCCUGAGCGCGUGGAGUGGAGGUGGCAGCCCAAAUAACAACAACUAGCUGACAUCAUAAGAUAUAUAUAUAAUUAUUGGUAUUGUUGGAUGUGGAUAGUCGCCAGUCAUUGGACAGUCGUAUAGCAUACAUUCUGUAAAUCUUGUACAAUUUCCUUUUAUAUUAAUGUAUUUUAAAAUUGAUCGUUGCUGUUUGGCAAAUCGUACUUUGUACACUCUUAUAUAUGUUCAUAUUCGUUAUGUUGAGCGCCCUAUACAGCACUCUCGGCAAUAUACGCAUUAUAGAUUGAAACCCUUCUACGUAUUUAAAAACGAUCGGUUAUUCAAUGGUUUCUUUAAUUUGAAAUUCUAUUACCAUAUAGAUCAGACUAUAAAUCAGCUGCAUUGUCUAAAAAUUAGUAUUCCAUUACUUGUAUUGUAUGUACUAUAUAUAAAUAGGAUCAGUAGUUAUGGAUAAAUGUACACUUAUGAACGGUGUAUAUUGUUCACACACAAUAUAAAAUAUCAUUAACAUAAA